AUGUCGUUUGCCCGCAACGCCCUGGUGCGCGCCUCCCGGCAAUCGGCCACGACGGCCCUCGGCUACCGCGCGGCCUCGACGCACGCCAUCUCGAAGCCCACUUUGGCCAACAUUGAGAAGCGAUGGGAGGGCAUGCCGUCGCAGGAGCAGGCCGACCUCUGGAUGGCCCUGCGCGACCGCAUGAAGGAGAGCUGGGCUGAACUGACCGUCCAGGAGAAAAAGGCUGCCUACUGGAUUGCUUUCGGUCCCCACGGCCCCCGUGCCCUGGACCCUCCCGGCGAGGGCAAGAAGGUUGCUCUCUACACCUUAGUCGGUGUUGGUUUUAGUGUUCUCGUCUUCGGUAUCAUGCGUUUCUUCGCCGGCCCGCCACCCAGCACCAUGACCAAGGAGUGGCAGGAGGCGACAAACGAGUACCUCAAGAGCCAAAACUCGGACCCGUUGACGGGUCUCUCCUCAGAAGGCUACUCGGGCAAGGGCCACGUGCAGUCCCCGUCGAGCAACGCAUAA